AUGAAGCGCAAUUACUCCGGAGCGCCUAUCAUGUCGACUUACAGGGCUUCUCGGCUGCCAGUUUCGUGCCGGCCUUGCCGUGAGAAGAAGCGGCGCUGUGAUCGCAAUCAGCCUUGUUCGAACUGCACCCAGCGGCGCCUCACGUGCGUUUACGAGAAUGGUAGUCGAGCUAUCAGCUCUUUAGAGAGUGAAGCAUUACCGGAACUGAACCUUGGUGAUGCUUUGGUCGGCCCAAACGAAAGCACCUUGGCCUUCUCUCCACAAAGACAGUUGGACCUGUUAGUCAACCUGUCCCCAAAAGCUGUCUUCCCAAAUGAAGCUCAAGUAUCGCAGCUGGCGCAACCAGAGUUAACUUCCUCCAGCCGCAAGCUGUUCAACUGCCACACUGAAGCCCCCUCAAACAACAAAUCUGCUUUUGUCAAUGAGCGCUUAACCCAUUUGACGUCGAAUCUCCCGCCUGCCCAUCAAGCUCAUCUGCUUUGCGAACACUUCAUUGACACCAUCCAGCCUACAUUCGGUGUCCUGCACGUGCCAUCGAUUAGAUCACUUGUUUAUAGCUGCUUGGGGUCCGACAAAGAAGCUCCAAAGUUUGACGAGUUGCUCAUGCUUUUCAGUAUCUUUGCUGGUGCGGCUUUGGCCUGGACAGAUGAACUUCUUCAUAGGCUUGGAGCAACAAAAGCGAACGCCGUAUCGGCCUUCGACUGUUAUUUUCACUCUGCUCUGUCAAUCAUUGAAGACGCUCACACACCACUACCGCCCUCCGUCACUGCUGUCUCAGCGAUAUGUACGCUUGCGCAUGUGGCCAUCAACUCUGAUGAUGUCGUCCCGAUCAAGGCACUGGAUCUUAGAAGCCGGUGCUACAAUAUGUGCCGCGAAAUGAUGAUUCAUCGCUUAGACAGCCCUGCCGCACAGAAAGAGCGGGACAUAAUCCCGGCCAACAACAUUGACUUGGAAGUUCAGAGACGUGUAUGGUGGAACAUGGUUGCUUCUGACUGGCUGACUUCUUUCUCCGGAAGCUCGCAAGAGGGUAUCUAUACUUUCAUUCCGAGACUGAUGAGAGUCAAACAACCGUGUAACGUCGACGAUGCCGCGCUCACGAUUUCAGGCGAUAUCCCCGAUUUACCUAUCUCCAUUCCAACAGAUAUGACAUUCUUCUUUUUGCGACUCAGAACGGCAGAAAUAUCUCGUGAGAUUAUCGAUGCGAUCGCACCCCUGGCCGACGACACCCCCGAAGAAGACUACGAAAUCAUUCUCCACCUUGAUAGAAAACUGCAGGAUUUUGUCAAGGGUCUUCCUGAAUUCUGCAAGCUCGACCCGGAAAGUAUGCAGAAGUCCAAAGAGAUUUGCGAGUCAAGGCCGUUCAUCUACUGGCAGCGAAUAAGUCUCCACCUCGGCAUCCAUGCUCGCAUUUGUCGACUUCAUCGUCCUUAUCACCUCGCAGCGUAUGCAGAUCCUCGAUAUUCUUACUCUCGAACCACGAUCCUCACAUCAGCGUACAAGAUCCUGGAACUGAGACGCAUGAUGGACGACCCGGUUGCCAAGCUUCACUUCAGACCUGAGAGGUAUUGGGUAAUCUUCUUGCAUGUCACCUCAGCCGCUGUAGCGUUGGCAGUCGACCUGUCUCACAAUCCUGAUGCCUCCGAUGCGGAAGUCAUGAAGGAAACGGUUAAGGGCGCGUACGAGACGCUGAACAGAUCAAGAAAGAACGCGCAGAGCCUGAUCAGAGGAAUCGAGAAGAAUAUGGAACAGGUCAUGGGGACCUUGCAGAAGCAGCGUGCGAAUGCGAUCCCAUCGGCUUCGCCGGCUGCAACAUCAAGCGCGAACUUAGAUUCAGUUCCUGAAAGUGCCUUCACAGAUAUGAAUGAUAUUGCAGUGGGCAUGCAGGAAGACGGUUUUGGGGAUGAACAUUCGCACCAACUUUGGUCAGACUUUUUGGCUGCUGUCCCUGACCUUGAAGAGUUUCAGUGGACUUCUCUUCUGCAGGACCUCGACUUUGAUCCUAGCAACUUCAGUUAA